GGCCCUCGGAGGGCAAGAGGGCGGCGGCGGCGGCAGUCACAGGCAGGCAGCGCGGAGGAAGUUUUGCCCCCGGGGCCCUCGCCCUGCCCCUCCCCCUCUGAAAUCAUUACCUCGGGGGGCCCGACGGUCGCCUGCAAAAUGUCAGCGGUGGCUUACAUGGACUUCGUGGCUGCCCAGUGCUUGGUCUCCAUUUCCAACCGCUCCGUGGCACCGCCGGACGUGACCCGCGAAGCCGAGGUCCUGAAGAUGCCCGAGGAGGAAGCCGCCGCCGCCGCUGCCGUCGUGACCAAGGAAAUGAACGACCCCCGGGACGCCUGGAAGGAUUAUUGCACGCUGGUGACCAUCGCCAAGAGCUUGCUGGACUUGAACAAAUACAGACCCCUCCCCGCCCCUUCCAUCUGCAGCGACAGCGUGGAGAGCCCCGACGAGGACAUCGGCUCCGACAGCGACGUGACCACCGAAUCGGGAUCGAGCCCUUCCCACAGCCCCGCCGAGGGCCAGGAGGCUGCUCGCGGGCCCGGCGCCCUGGCCCUCCUGCACGGGGGAGGGCCGGUCAAAGGCAAGCUGGCCGCGGAAAAGAGACACAAGUGCCCCUACAUCGGCUGUGGCAAAGUGUACGGCAAGUCCUCCCACCUCAAAGCCCACUACCGGGUCCACACAGGCGAACGACCUUUUCCUUGUACAUGGCCAGAGUGCCUUAAAAAGUUCUCUCGCUCUGAUGAGCUAACAAGGCACUACCGAACCCACACCGGGGAGAAGCAGUUUCGAUGCCCACUUUGUGAGAAGCGGUUCAUGCGGAGCGAUCAUCUGACCAAGCAUGCCCGUCGCCAUACUGAGUUCCAUCCUAGCAUGAUCAAGCGAUCUAAAAAGACCAGCUCUGCCUCCUUUUGAAGGAAAGACUACAACCAGGGGUGAGGGUGGGGAGAUGGCCGUCAGUGAAAAAAAUCAGAAUGGAUCAGCACAAAUAUGUCCACCACUGUACAGUAAAAUUCCCCCCCCCAACUUGCAUUUUUAAAGCACAUGUAGCUGGAAAUUUAAAAAUUAACAUUUUUGUUCUGUCCACCCUGCUGUGCUACCAACCACAGUCUUAAAUCAGUAGCUGUUGGGUGGGCGUGGGUAGUGGGGGGGUGUCUGUAUGGGGAACAGCAGAAAUAAUGCAACUUUUUAUAGUUUAAAGAAUCAACACUGGUGUGUGGGUGCAUGUGUGUGAACACAGACACACACACACACGUCUGUAUAUAAUUAUAUGUGACUGGGUGAUUUGACCUGUGACACCACAGUAGUGAUUCCAAGCUCUUUGUGAUUGCUGUGUCAUGGAGAUGUUUUGUUGACUAAUGUAAUGCUGCUUGUAUUUUAAAACAAAACAAAAAAACACAAAAAACAAAAAAAAAAAUCCAGUUUAGUGAAACCACUUUCCAACUCACUUAAGUAUUUUUCAAGUAAAGCAAAACAAAAACAUCGUAGCACAUGAUAGAUGGAAUUUCACGUUUCUCUCUCUGUGGUCCACCCUGUUCAAGACUGUUAAGAAAAAAAAAAUCAUCGUUCACAGUACCAGAUUGGUGGAAGGAAACUGUACUUUUCACCAAGUUAUCCUUUUUGAGCUGCUCUUUUUUCCCCCAGUGGAAACAUGCACAGAAACCAAUUAUGAAACCAAAAGGAAAACAAGAAAUCAGCUGGCAUCACAAAUAAGAGGCUAUUCUUUGCCAUGUAGAAAAGAAACAAUGCAACCUAAAUCAUGCAAAGAAAUGUGGCAGAAGUAUGAGACUAUUUUUUUCUCCUUUAGCUGUUCCUAGACUUUCAUCUGAAAAGCAACCAUAUACUGUACUGUACUAUAUGAAUACCACUACCAGUGCUUUAUUCUGCUGGGUUUUGUUGGAAUGAAUGCGUAACAGCAGCAACCAUCUUGAUAAGCUACCACUUUUAUAAAAGUUAUUUUUUUCUCUUACGACUCUUUUUCUCAAUGGUGCAUUUUCUUCACCUCUCACCAGAAUUCUGUCUCAGCUAAUGGAACUAUGUGCAUUUGGAGUCGGUAGAGAACCUUUUUUUCUUGUUUUAUUUUCUCCGACAGAACAUUCUCUAUGUGGACGAAGGCAACUAACACUGGUUUUUUUAAACUACUUUUUAACAGUCUUCUUUUUCAUAAAUUGCAGCUGUUGUACAGUCUGGGGAAUAACAACCAAACUAAUUGCAAGUCGGAAUUCAGACUCGGAUGCAGGAGGCGUGUCGAAAUACCUUUCACGACAUAGCCUCACCACUACAUACCUUGCAAUCUCAAUCCUCCGUAUCAGGCUUGAUACAGUUAAUGAUAAUGGCAAUAUUUCAUCUGUUUCAAAUGCUACGGUUUGCUCUACGGAACAGAGGCACCAUCCACACUGGAGAAAAGCUCUUGCAUCUAGCCUAGCUGUGUCACCUUUGUUAAUGUCGAAAGCAUGAACCUGACGCAGGUUGUAAUCCAUGGACGUUCCCUUCCCCAUCUCUCGUGGUGAUGGAGAAUCAUGUUUACAGACUUCCCUCCUGCCCCCUCUGUCCUUGACUCUUCUUUCUCAUGAUGGAAGGAGUGGUGCAACUGUCCUACGUAGGGCUAACUUUGUGGGUGAGGAAAUCACACGGUAGCCAGAGGGAUUACACCUGGAUCGGUUUGCCCAACUUUGUAAAGAAUCUGUACAUACGACCUUGUAAAGUAUACCUGCUAUGACAGUAUGUUGUUCUUGUUUCAUCCGAUAGAAAGCUAGCUUCCUAGAAAAAUAAAAUAAAACAUCUCAGAGAGUAGAGUAUUCUACAAUUGUCUGUGGCUUCCAGCACUAGAACUCAGUAUGCAUCAAGCAUUUUUACCUGUGUGGCUCAUUAUAAAACCUGUCUAUGCGAAAAGAACAGCUUUUAAAUAAAGGUGUUGGGGCAAUGAACAACUUAAUGGCAUUUCAGAAGCAAAAAGGAAUGAGUAUUCUUCAGUGAAGACAUGUCAGGAAACCAAGCACACUUUCUACCUCCGUUUCAACUUCUUGAAACGUUUGUUUUAUGAUAAACCAAAAUUAAUUUCUGGUGUCCAAAAUAAAUUGUAGGGAUAUUUGUUCUUCCUUAUAAAAAUAGGUAGCCUGGCUCUUUCUAUUGCUCUAGUGUUAAAAAAAAAGCAUUCUGCUUUUAUCAGUACUGUUAAUGCUGCCUUGUAUAAUAAGGGUGAGGACUAUGUGGUUGGUCAGCAGCUCGCAAUGUGGUACUAUUCCAAUCGUCCUCCCUUUCUAUAUGAAACCAAUCCUCCAGAGCCUAAGCUCUAGUCUGAGUCCUAGUAAACAGUUUGCCAGAUCUUUACUGUUGCUUUGGGGUAGGACAAGUGCAGUUUUAGCAAAAGAGAGCCCGAAAGCUGAAUGCUGUUAUUCCACCUUUUGUACAAAGCAAGCCACAGGCACUUAAAUGGCACCUUCCUUAUCAGGUCAUAAAGGCAGAUGAGAAUAAUUAGGUUUGGUGAAAUGGUGAUUAGGACACUUGCCUGUCUCCUGACAGCUGUGGACUUGAUCUCAUAUGACACAUGGCCACCUCCAGUCCACAUGAUGGUUCUAAGUUGGUCCCUUGGGCUGGAAAGUCCUUGACGGCCAAAUGGUGCUAUUCAUGUUGCUCCCUUGUGGACUUCAGGUCAGGGUAUAGAAAUUAUGGCUGUGCCUUCAUCACACCAGCCAAACCAUUUGCAGAAUAGUUUGCCAUGACCUAAUUUGGCAGCAUAUAUUAUUUGAACAACAAAUCAUAGGAACUGCUCCUCUCAUUCCUAAAAGGAUUCUUAUGGAUAAAUCCAACCAUAGGAUGUAUAAAACAAUGACUAGGUUGAUUUUCUUAACGGCUCUUCCAGCUAUAGAAAAAAAAGUGACUCAAUAGAUUUGGGAUUCACCUUUGUGAUAUUCUGGUCAUUGCAAUGAGGUGUGCAUGAUCCUGGUGUGUUAUUUCUAGUAUUGGAGUGGCCAUCGGUUUGCAGUAAGUAGGUUGAUUGACAUGUAGGUAAACCCAUUAUAUGCUACUGUGGAUGUCUCCACUAAUGUGCAUUGAGUGAUGAUAAACCUUCUGGCUUGGUAACCAAUAAACAUGUCAGAUCACCCAUUUUCUGCAAACAGCCACAAGUUUCUCCAGCUAUGGUGCAGGGGAAGUAACUGCCAUGAUAACGUUUAAUUGGUGUUGUCAUGCAUACCAAGUUAGGCUACCGAUUGACACUGGCCUGCUUUCUAUAUUAGUUUUAAACAAUGUGUGCAGAACCAGGUCUUAAAAGGCUGGUAUGGCAUUCGACAGCAAAUAGGGUUGAGAAUCCUGGGCAUGAUUAGUCUGCUGCAUAAGUCAUAUAAACGCCUGAUUUGCAGUUGUUGGGGCAAAAGGAAAAAUAAGGUGUUUAAUUCUUACCCAUUCAGUUUUCUUCUUCCCAAACAGAUCUUUUCCUCAGGCUGAAUCAGUUGGUAAUUUGAAGGGCAACUGAGCGGGAUUAAGCAUGUAUAGUAUGGAUCCUUGUCCCAGCAAACUCUUUUCACUUUGCCACAGAAGCAAGGAUUUCUUCAAUCCUGUUUGCUGACAACUGCACCCAGCUGCACUAUAAUUGUUAAAAUGUUUUUAUGUGGGAAAUGUAACUCCCAUGGCUGUGCCCCAGAAGAUAAAUGAACAGCUCAAGGAUCCAGGAGUUUUAUGAGGUUACUCUCAGAAGCAGGGACUGUUUCUUUGGAUUUUAAUCUCAGCAUGCUUACUUGAAAGCCAUGUUCCUUCAAAUGAAUGAAACUUGCUUUCAAGUAAAUCUGGUAAGCAACGGGAUGUAAAAUAUGCUUUUUAUGAGUCUUCCAAAAGUAACAUCAGAAACUACCCAAAGUUUAUUAACCACUAACAAAAUAAAAUCAGUUAGAUUUGGUGUAAGAGUCAGCAGUGACUUUCACUUGACAGCGCAGUGAAAUAGGUUACAAUCUUUUAGCAAAUCGGAAUUUGAGAAGAGGCUACAGCAGGUGUUGACAAGAAGGAAAAAUCAAGUUCUUGGUGAACUUCUUUGCCAGGCCACUCUGGAAAUUCUCAAAAGAGUGCUGACGUGAAUGCAGCUCCUCUCCUCCAUUUAGAAAGACCUUCCUAGAGAAGCCAUGGCUUUAAACUAUAGCUAUACAACAUCUUUUGUGAACAAUUUUGAUGACUUCUAUACAGGUCUCUCCUGUUUGUUGAUGGACUUAGCCCAGUAUGCACCAGACAUACUUUUCAAAUGCUGUUUUAUUGCAGGUUAACAAAUCUGUAACACUGUAAAAUAUCAAUCUUUACAACUUUAAUCCAUUUUAUUUUUGUACAGUAUUCGUAUCCUUUCUAAGUUAUUUUGCUGUCCUGUUUUGUAAAUCAUAUGAAAUUGUAAAAAAAAAGAAAAGAAAAGAAAAAGAAAAA